GUUUCUGGUUGCUAGACGACUGAUACAUUGAAACGAAGCUCAUGGAUAAAACGGAAACGAAAAAGACUGUCGUCUUGUUUAAACUAGCUAAAUGCAUACUGUAGGCCCAACUGUUUAAAAAUGUUUUUGAAAGAACUGGCACAGUUGUCGUACAAGACAUCUUGCAAUAGCUCACCAGCAAAACAUGCUUCUUCAUGCUCUCAAGAUACACUGGAAGUGGUGCAUGAUUGCUAAGGCUGCUAAGCUAAUUCUUAUCAAAUUUCGUCUUACUCUUUGGCCGUGAAAAAAAAAUCGGAAGAUGGUGCACAACCUCCGAAUUCAAUAGUUGUGAAUAUUGCUGCGUUUGAUGUCAUUCGUACCAAUCUGAUUCGUUCAUUCGAAGCAGAAAGAUGAGGCUGAAAUCUGUACAGAGAUUGUGUUUUAACAAAGGCACAUAAUUUACAAUUCUGAACGUGUACGUCUGAUAUCUUCACAUGUCCUUGUUUUUGGAGAAUCCAACCAUGUCUUUGGGUGCCAGUGAUUUCCUCACGGAUGAAGAGCUCGAAGAGUUGGGUGAGGAUGGCCACUCCCAUAUUACGUAUGUCUCCGAUUCAGACAAGAAAGUACGAAAAAAGAAGACAUUGAGCAAACCCCCACUCUCACCCAGGUCUCCAUACUUGACCAGUGCCAGUCUGAACCCCAGGAGGUCAGUAGCCUCCACUUGGAGAACAGCCCUGAGCCAGUCCCCCAUGAAGGGGGACUAUGAGCUGCCCCAGAGCAGGACGGCCAUGCCUGCCACCACCCCAGAGUACCUGAAGGAGGCCUUCGGCAUGAAGAAGCCCAAGCACUCGCGCUCCGCCACCAACGGUUACGUCCCUGGCACUCCGGACUUCAAGGAGAAGGAGGACAUGUAUGAUGAGAUUCUUGAGCUCAAGAAGGCUCUGCAGGCUCAGAAGGCGGAUGGCGAUCGCAUGAAAGCCAAACUGCGUCGCCUGGAGGAAGAGAACACGAAGAAGGAGAAACAGAUCCAGCAGCUUCUGGAUCCCACCAGAGGUCCCGAGUACACAAGGAGUCUAGUGGACAAGAAGACAGAUGGCAAAUCGGUGGUGCAUGGCCUGAAGCAGAAGGUGCUGAGACUGGAGCAGCAGUGUAGAGAGAAGGAGACGGCGCUGAGUAAGCUUCAGAGUGAAUUAAGAACAACAAACAUGGAGGAAAUGAAGAUCACCAUGGAGACGUACUACGAGGAGGUCCAGAGGCUCAGAGUAUUACUUGAAUCUGCAGAGAAAAGUAAUAAGAUAGAGAGCACGGAGAACCGGAGGCAGCAGAAGGUUCUGCGGGCGACGGUGCUGAAGCUGACGCAGAGCGUGAAACAGCUGGAGGAGGAGAACGCCAGACUCAAAGAGGAGGCGGAACAGGAAGUCAGCAUUGUCACCGAAAGUCCCGCCAACCGCGCCAAAGGGUACAUGGAGUGGAGCAAACAGAGACUGGUCAGGCGGCUACUGGACACAGAGAGGAGGCUGGAGGAGCUGAGACAUCGGCACACAGCGAAAGACUCCGCAGUGAAGAAGAAUACAGAGGAUUCCCAUCUCAUUACCACGGCAACGAGGCCUGAGGAAUGCGCAGUCAAGGGCACGUUGAUGGCAGCGCGGCGUGAGACGGUGUCCGUGUCCACGGAGACGGACAGGAGCGGGAGCACGGCGGGAGAUGGCGUGGUGGCGGAGCUGAGACAGGAGUGUGUGCGUCUGAAGGGCGUGGCGCGGAGACUCCGAGAGGAGAGGAGCGCCCUGCAGGAGAGCCUCGCCAAGAAAGAUGAGGAGCUGAGGGGCGUGGCUACAGCUAGGGAGGAGGCUGCCAAGGAGGCCGAGAAGAUACUGAGUGAACGAAUGGCAGAGCACGAAAACCAGGCACAGCAGUACAGAGAGGAGAUCCAAAACCUGUCCGCUAAAAUCAGAGACAAGCAGAACCAACUAGAAGAAGAAAAGAAACUAACACUGGUCCACGACUGUAAUCAGGUGCAGGAAGAUCCUUCAUCAGAGGGGCCAUCAUCUUCAUCAGCGGCAACAGCAGCUAAUGAUGAAGAGCAGAGCAGGAGGGACCAGGCAGCGAAGGUCAUCCAGACACACUGGCAUGCACAUCGAAUCAGGGAUAUUGUCUUGAUCCAGUCGGCGCUGAGAAGUCACCUCAGCAGACAGAAACACCUACUCACCCUCAGGGAACAGGCUAGCGCUACUCACAGCAAUAACACACAGAGCAACCAAUCGCAGGACGGCGGACCUGGGGUUCGGCGUCCCAGCACGAGUCGUGAUGGUUUGGAGGAAGAGGAAGUGACACUGCUGCAGUCCGUGUUCCGAGGACACCUGAGGCGCUGCACUCACAUAGCUGACAGGGCGGCUGUAGAGAGAGAAGCAGGAGCUGCAGUGAAGGGGACUCUUCCUCCUCCUCUGUCAUUGUUAUCAUCAUCAUCAUCGUCAUCGUCAUCAUCAUCUGUGACUCCAGCUGCCGCAGCAUCAUCAGUCAUACACACACCAGCGGCCCAGCACAGCUGCAGACCCCAGCCCGAAGGGAGUGAGGAUGAGGAGAUAGAGGAAGAGAUUGCUGAAGAAGAUGCUGACGAUGACUACAGUUCCCACAAUGCCUCGUCCAAACCACCAAAAAUCACAGUGGAGUCGGACCAAAAACAAGCUGGAGGCAACUGUGACUCAGACGACUCUGAUGAUAUCAUAGUGUCCCCCUCGCGUCCAAUGGGAAGGAGGAUGUCUCUUCUCUUCUGACGGACCAGCGUGGCACCCUGUCCGAUGACCGAACUCCCAUGGUCUCCAGGGUUACUCCUAGAGAUUCCCUCAGCUGUGAGAAAGAAUGCACUUGAUAAUGGCAGGUCCUCAAAGGUCCCUCUCAAAAUGUGAUCCAGCAUUUAGCUGUGCUUGUCCAAUCAGACUUAUAUAGAUUGUCUGAAAUGGGUCUGAACUUGUGGAUGGAGCAAUUGUACUGUGUGUGUGUGUGUGUGUGUGUGUGUGUGUGUGUGUGUGUGUGUGUGUGUGUGUGUGUGUGUGUGUGUGUGUGUGAGGGAGAGAGAGCGAGCAAGUGAGCCUUGUCUUUCACUGAAGUCUUAAGCUGUGAAGUUGAGAACUUCAGGUAGAGGAACAACCCCAUGUGAUACCUCUGCAGGCACUUCUCUCUCAUACAACGCUGUGUGUGUGGGUGUGGGAUGCAGACUUGGGAUGUCCUUGCGGGUCCUAACUUUUAUAGCCUACUGGAAUUUAUAGACACCUUUAGGGGUUAACAAAAUAUGAAUCAUUGAUCAUGACCCUCAAGUGCCUUUUUCUUAUAAUCGAGCUAAAGGGGAAAAAAAGCUGUGUCAGAAUAGUCAUUAAAGUCAUUUUUUAAACAACUCAUAAACUAUGUGUAUAAUAAUGUGAAGUUUGGCUAGCCUUGAAAUCUAGACGCACCCUAGCGACUAGUCUAGCAACUCUCCGUUGGCUUGUGAGCUCGAAAAAUUAAACUUCUAUCAGGCCAAUCAAAUCGUGUAUAAAGUCGUUAG